AUGGCCAAGCAAGAAGGGGAAAUUUCCAUCGUGAUGGCACCGUCAAACAACCAAAGUAGCCACGCUGCUGAGAAUGUUCAUCAGGAGGCAAACCUUGAAAAGCAACCAAGCCUUUCCAGCCUCCAACCUGGAGUCUACAGGGCUGAUGUGCUUCGGAAGAGCUGGACCAAGCAAGGCUUGAUCAUUGUCUUUACAGGACUGUUUUUGUGUACAUUGGCUAUCAAUUUCGCCGAUUAUUCAACUCAGGUGUAUGCCCCAUACACUACGAGUGCCUUCAAGCAGCACUCUGCCAUGAGCGCAGCACGGGUGGUCAUGAACAUUGCUCGUAUCUCUGCCUAUCCUAUUAUUGCAAAGCUGGGAGAUGUUUUCGGUAGGGCUGAGAUGUUCAUCUUGUCCAUUCUUAUGUCUGUUUUGGGUUAUGCCAUUUGGGCAGCCUGCACGAAUAUCACGCAAUACAUAGUUGCCGGUAUCUUCGACGCUAUUGGAUCAACUGGAUUUGCCCUCACACAACAAAUAUUUGUGGCGGAUAUGACCUCGUUAGUUAACCGUGGUAUCUGGUCGACGCUACCUGACUCUCUCACCACAAUUCCGACUCUUUACCUUGGUACUAUCGUCGCUCAGCGCAUCCUCGAUCAUUCAACGUGGCGGUGGGGAUGGGGCAUGUGGGCGAUUAUCUUGCCCGUUGCAUCACUACCAUUGAUCGGUACCAUGCUGUUUUAUCAACGUCGAACACCAUCUCCGGUAUCUGUGUCUGAGGCAUUAGGCUGGAAAACCAACGAUGCCUGGUGGAAGAAGGUAUACCGAUUGUUUUGGAUUGAGCUUGACAUGCCAGGGGCUAUUCUCCUUGUGGCUGGAUUGUCUCUCCUUUUGGUUCCCUUAUCCCUGACAGGCUCUAAUAACAGCGGGGCGUGGACCAACGGGUCAUUCAUCGCCAUGUUGGUCCUUGGCGUGGUUUUCAUAGUAGCGUUUUUAGGUUGGGACACAUGGUUCGCGAAGAAGCCAUUUGUGCCUUAUCGUAUGAUCAAGAACCGCACAGUGGCAGCUGCGUGCCUUCUUGGGGCAUUGGAUUUCUUCCACUAUUCUGUCUUCAGUGUCUUCUUCACGAGUUACCUUCAGGUAGCUGGGAACUUUUCCCCGGGGCCUGCAACCAGAAUUGAUAACUCCCUCCGUGUGGCAUUUCAGGUGGCUGGCAUAUUCGCCGCUUUCUUCAUGAAAUAUACCAAGCGCUCCCAGAUCUGGGUGUUGAUCGGCGUCCCGCUCUGCGUUCUUGGAAUGGGUGUACUUCUCUAUCUAGUUGAUAUGGGAGAUGGUCGCAGUGGGAAUGAAGCAUCUUUUGUGGCAGCCAAGUCAUUGAUUGGUAUUGGUCGCGGAUUCUACCAAACGGCUGCACAAGUCUCAGUGCAAGCCGUGGUCUCACGGCAGGAUGUUUCCGUUGUUACCGCAGUAUUCUUCGCAUCGAUGAGCGUGGGUGGUGCAAUUGGGACAAGUGUCGCCGGGGCAAUAUGGCGAAACACUCUCCCGAAAAAGCUUCAGCAAUAUCUCCCUAGUGAACUGAAGGGUCAAGCCAAAUCUAUCUUCGGAUCAAUUGUGGUAGCUCGAAAAUAUGCCAUGGGUACUGAAGCUCGUGAUGCCAUCAAUCGCAGUUACCGAGAGUCGCAAAGACUACUUGCGAUUGCAGGUCUGGUUUCACUUUCGUUGAUGCUUAUUGUGAUGUUGUUCUUGAAGAACGUGAAGUUGGCUAGGAAUUCGUUCCUGAUUUUCCUUACCAUGGAAACUCUGUCAGACACGACUUGGGAUGUGAUCAUUGAUGGGACUGGGGUUUCUCAGUCCCUUCUGGCACUGGCCCUCUCACGAUCUGGAAAGAAGGUUCUUCACAUGGACUCAAACCAGUACUAUGGUGGUUCAGAUGCAGCCUUCAGUCUUGAUGAGGCCCAAGAAUGGGCAGAAAAAGUCAAUAAAGACACGAGUACAUCACUAUUCAAAGAUGCCUCAAUUUUCAAACUUGAUACUUCUCUAGCUCAGGACAGAAGCAUUUCUCCCGAACUUGCAUCAAGCCGUGCUUACACUUUGUCCCUGUCCCCAUAUCUCUUAUAUGCCCGUUCUCCACUAAUGUCAGCGCUCGUAUCCUCGAAGGUCUUUCGCCAGUUGGAGUUUAUGGCAGUUGGCAGUUGGUGGAUCUACGCACCUGAACAGCCAGAUUCCAAAACUGGCGAGCUUGGUGCGGAAAAGGUUCUCUACCGCGUACCUGGCAACCGAGAGGAUGUGUUUGCUGCAACUCAUAUCAGCAUGAAGUCCAAGAGAACCCUCAUGCGCUUAUUGCGUCAUAUCACCAAACCCAAGGAGGAUGAUACUUCAAAUGAAGAUGAGGAUAUAUCAAUGCCCUUGAAGGAUUAUCUGGCUUCCAGGUUUAGUGUCCCGGAAGAACUUCACAAUCCUUUGCUGUCGCUGUCCCUGUCACAGCUUUCUCAGCAAGAUACCUCCGCCAGCUAUGCUGUUCCCAGGAUUCAAAGGCAUCUGUCAUCCAUCGGCCAUCUCGGCCCUGGGUUUGGAGCUGUGAUUGCUAAGUAUGGCGGUGGAGCCGAAAUCCUACAAGCUGCCUGUCGUGCAUCCGCUGUGGGAGGAGGUGUAUAUGCCCUGGACACGCAGAUUAAUGAUUGCUUACGGCGGGCAGGCUCUGAACAUUCCGAACAUCCUUUCCUGUUGAAAUUAGCCAAUGAAGAGUCUGUUCAGUCGAGGUACCUGUUUACCUCGUCGGAUAGUUUUUCCAAAGAGAGCUCGGCACCAUUGGUUGAAGUCGCCCGCUCGAUCAGUGUUGUGUCGGCUACUUUCCCGUCUCUUUUCCCUGUUGCAGUUGAAGGUGCUCCUGUGCCUGCAACUGCAGUUCUCAUGUUUCCAGGGGAUACAUUGGGUAAUCCCCAAUCCCCGCCUGUCUAUCUCCAGGUUCAUUCAAGCGACACUGGCGAGUGUCCACACCAGCAGAGUGUUAUCUAUUGCAGUGUGGCACUACCUGGACCGGAAGGUCAAUCGCUUAUCGAGUCCGCCAUGGAUAGACUAAUUCGGGCAGAAGGUCUCCCGACCAGCGUGCUGUGGUCCUUGCGAUACACUCACAUCGGUCGCCUCAGCAAUGGUGAGCCCCAGCGUCUUACUGUCGAGGAAGGAGUUCCUGAUGCCUACCGUUUCCCUCCAUCGAGCCUCGACUUGGCAUUCGAAGACGACACCCUUGACCUUGUCAAAGAGGCUUGGAAGAUAAUCGUAGGGGAUGAAGUUGAUGAUGCUGAUUUCAUGAUGUUUGACGAUCGCAAUGGCACUUCUGACCAAUGA